UCUCCGCAAAAUGGCGCAAACCAGCUCCCAACUCCCUCUCGAUAGCGACGCCAUCUGCAUGCUCUGUAAAGAGAAGCCUUCCGAGGAGGCCACUCUCUGCUGCGCCACGUGCGCCACGCCUUGGCACGUGUCCUGUCUCUCUCAGAUCAACAAUUCUGCCCUAGGGUUUGAGUGCCCUGACUGCUCCGGCGACGCCCUCACCGGAGCUCCCGCGCCUGCAGAUGCGGAUAGCAAGGAUCUCUUCGCCAAGAUCCGUGAGAUCGAGGCUGAUGAUUCCUUGUCAGAGGCGGAGAAGGCUAGCAAAAGGCAGCAAUUGCUGGGCGGGAACAUCCAAACCGAUGCUGGAGAAAUUUCGGAGGAAAAAGAGGACAAAUCGUGUGAUAUUCUGGCUGUGAUGGGCGAGACUUUGAAGUGUGCUUACUGCAUGGAGCUUCCUGAGAGACCUGUUACGACGCCCUGUGGGCACAAUUUUUGCUUGAAAUGCUUUGACAAGUGGAUCAAGCAGGGAAAGCGUACCUGUGUAAAGUGUCGUAGCAACUUGCCGGAAAAGAUGGCCAGCAGGCCGCAUAUCAACUCUGCGCUUGUGGCUGCUAUGAGAAUGGCGAAGCUGAUGAGAACAAUCACCUCUGGCUCUGUUGCCCCCCAAACUGUUCAUUGCUACUUACAUGACCAGGAUCGUCCUGACGCGGCAUUCACUACUGAAAGGGCACAGAGAGCUGGAAUGGCCAAUGCUGCUAGUGGGAGGAUUUUUGUAACUCUUCCGAAAGACCACUUUGGACCUAUCCCGGCAGAAAAUGAGCCUGAGAGGAAUCUAGGGGUUUUAGUUGGAGAAACGUGGAAAAUGCGUAUGGAAGUCAGGCAGUGGGGAGUGCACUACCCUCCUAUAGCUGGUAUUAGUGGGAAGGCGCAUUAUGGCUCACAAUCGGUUGUCAUUUCCGGAGGCUAUGAGGACGAUGAAGACCAUGGUGAAUGGUUUAUCUACACUGGAAGUGGUGGGAAACAGCUAACAGGAAAUAGACGCACGAACAAGGAGCAUUCAUUUGAUCAGGAAUUUACAGACAGCAAUCAGGCUUUGAGAGUUAGCUGCAUGAAAGGUUAUCCGGUUCGUGUUAUCAGAUCAGAGAAAGAUAAGCGUUCUCCUUAUGCCCCGGAGAAAGGUUACCGGUAUGAUGGGGUUUAUAGAGUGGAAAAGUGUUGGAGAAAAGCAGGAAUACAAAAGUUCCUUGUUUGCAGAUAUCUAUUCGUAAGAUGUGAUAAUGAGCCUGCUCCAUGGACAAGUGAUGAGCAUGGAGAUCGCCCUCGGGAUAUGCCAGUCAUUGCCGAGCUUGAUGAAGUUCUCGAUGUUUAUGAAAGGAAAGAUAGUCCUUCAUGGGAUUAUGACGCGGUAGAAUGUUGUUGGAAAUGGAUUAAGCCACCACCUCGCAGUGAAGAAAAAGUGGUCGAUGUAAAUCCUGAAGACAGGGCGAAGGCAAAGUUGGUGAUUAAGAAAGCUCAAACAAUUUCAAUGAGCGAAAGGCUUCUACAAGGAUUUUGCUGCCUCAUAUGUAAAAAAGUGAUGAACCAGCCCUUGACGACUCCCUGUGCACAUAACUUUUGCAAGUCGUGUCUUGAAAAUGCAUUUGAAGGCCAAUCAUUUGCACAAGAGAGGGUCUGUCAGAAUGGACGAAGGCUUCGCUCGAAGAAAAAUGUAUUGACAUGCCCUGCAUGCCCAACUGAUAUUUCUGAGUUCCUUCACAGUCCUCAGGUAAACCGGGAAAUCAUGGAGGUUAUAGAGAAAUUGCAGUCUGGAAUUGAUGCGUAUGCAAACGGUGAUGCUAAGGGCUCAGAGGAAGAACUAAUAGUUCUGGGAAGGGGGGGGCAGGACGAUGCAGUUGACCCAUCAAAUGAAGAAGCGGAAAGCCAGCCUGAAAAUCCUCUUAAGAGAAAGAGCAGUUCGCCUAGCCUCUCAGAUGAAGAAGAGAAUACAGAGAUAGCCAAGAGAAGCAAAGUGGAUGUUGGUGAUGGCCAUUAAAAUACAGAAUUCGAAAAGUGAGAUAUGGAAAGAUUCACUUUCUCAUCUGUUUGCAUUGUUGUAACAUGGACCACAUUUUUUGAGAAACCACAAUUCUUUUAGUUCCAAUGUAAAGUCAUGAAGAUAUGAAAUGUGGGAAAUGGUAGAGAAACAAAUAUGAAGAGCAAGGGUUUUUCUAGAUGAUUUCACUGGGUUUUCUCACAGAAUUUGAACUUAGAAAAAUCUUGACAACA